CACAACAGGCCUACUCCGUUCCUCGAUACAAACACACCUUGACACGCCAAAUCUUUCAGUACCUAUCGCCGGUGCCGAAUAACUUCUUGCUCUAUACGAUGAAUUGAGUGUCCUUUCGAGAAAUUGAACUUCCCUCUCAUACUCGACAGAUCAACCCUGCCCACCAUGCCCAAGGUCGACAGACGCUCAAAGCUGGCCGAGCUUCGGGCUCUGCGAGCAUCCGGCAAGAGGGCCAACUACGAGGUCGAGGAGGUCGACGAGCUUUACGAAGAGGUUGACGAAAACCAGUACAAGAAGAUCAUCCGAGACCGUCUGGAUCAAGACGAUUUCGUUGUCGACGACAAUGGCGAGGGAUAUGCCGACGAUGGUCGAGAGGAGUGGGAUCGCCAGCCCCAAUACUACUCGGAGAGCGAUGAGGAUAUACCAGUGAAGGGCCGCGGUAGGCCAAGCAAAGCCUCAAAAAAGCAGCGCGAAGAGGAAGAGGCCAAGCGAGAUGCAAAUGACAGAGACAUCAGCGAAUACUUUACAAAGGGUACAACCAAGACACAAGCCAAGCCAAAGGUCGCCAAAACGAAAGAAGACGAUGCUUUCCUUGCUGAUCUCCUGGGCGAGGUCGACGCCAACAUCCCCGCUCCUGCGUCCCGAUCAGCCAAGCGUAACAGAUCCCCCGAACGUCGCCGAGCCCGUGUGCUUUCUCCUGCCCCCGAGACUAGGACGCGCCUCACCAAGAGAACAAAGACUGUGGAUGACAGACAAUCAUCUCCCAUAUUCGACAACUCAGCAGUCGAUGAUGGCUACUUGCCCCCUAUGGGCGACGAUAGAGACGAUAGUCCCGCUCCGAUCACUGUGGACGAUAUUCCCAUGUCCGAGGACCCCGCGCCAUCAUCACCUGCCGCUAAAGUAGCCCAGCGCAAGGCACUGGUCAAGCCAGAGCCCCUGGAUGAGGAAGACGAUGUCAUGAUGGAGAUUGCCCACGCUGGUGCGGUCACCGCUGCUAGUGUCAACAUCACAGGGUCAAGACCACCGAAGAAACUGGUCAAGCCCGACCCCUACCCUACACCUUUGAGCUCCUCUCCGGUCAAGCCUGCUGCCCCAUCAGUCGACUCGUCAGCAUGGAACAAGAUUACAGACCAGCUGAACGUUGUCUCAAGCUCUCCUGCGGAGGCUAGAACCGUCGGCAAAAUAGACUAUAAGGACGCUAUCGAGGAGGACGGCAGUCUCAACAUGUUCUGGACUGACUACACCGAGGUCAAUGGCAGUCUCUGCCUUUUUGGCAAAGUCUUGAACAAGAAGACUGGCUUGUAUGUCAGUUGCUUCGUCAAGGUCGACAACAUUCUCCGCAAGCUCUUUUUCCUUCCCCGCGAGACGAAGCUCGAGGGUGGAGAAGAGACAAGCGAGGAAGUCGGGAUGAUGGAUGUCUACUCUGAGGUCGACUCGCUUAUGACCAAGAUGAAUGUCGGCAUGUACAAGAUCAAGGCAUGCACAAGGAAGUACGCAUUCGAGCUUCCGGGCAUUCCAAAGGAGGCUCAGUACUUGAAGUGUUUGUAUCCCUACACGAAACCUGUUAUUGACAGUACGGCCACUGGAAAUACGUUCUCGCGUAUCUUUGGCACGAACACGGCGCUAUUCGAGCAGUUCGUGCUGUGGAAGAACAUCAUGGGUCCCUGCUGGCUGAAGAUCACCGAUGCCGACUUUGGUUCCCUCAAGAAUGCCUCUCACUGCAAGCUUGAAGUGCUCGUCGAGCACCCGAACAUGGUCUCCACGCUCAGCGACUCUGACACCCUCGAUACCCCUCCCCUGACCUUGAUGAGUAUCGCGUUGCGUACUGCCUUCAACCCCAAGGCCAACAAGCAAGAGAUUCUGGCAAUCAGCGCCCGCAUCUACGAGAAGACUUCCUUGGCUGAUCCAACUCCGGCUGAGAAGCUUCCCUGCCGGACAUUCACCCUCAUCCGUCCUCAUGGGACAGCAUUCCCUCUUGGAUUUGAGAGCAUGGCGAAGGACAGAAAGAGAGGCCUCAUCAAGACCUUCCGUCAAGAGUCAGAAAUCCUCAUGUUCUUCCUUGCUCAGCUUGAUGUCGUGGACCCAGACGUAAUCCUAGGACAUCAGUUGGAGGGAGUCGACUACAGCGUUCUGCUCAACCGCAUUCACGAGAAGAAGACACACCAGUGGUCUCGGCUUGGUCGACUCAAGCGAACGCAAUGGCCAGCUUCCAUGAACAAGGUUGGUGGCAAUGUCUUCGCCGAGAGGCAAGUCAUGGCUGGUCGUUUGCUUUGCGACCUGGCCAACGAUGCUGGAAAGUCUGCCAUGUUCAAGUGUCAAUCUUGGAGCUUGACAGAAAUGUGCAGUCUAUACCUGCCGGGUAACAACCGUAGGCAGGACAUCGACAAUGAAGCUGCGCUCAAGACAUGGGCAACCCAGUCCAAGGAAGGCAUGAUGAACUACGUCUCACACAUGGAGGCAGAUACCCACUUCAUCACUGCGCUGGCUUUACAGGUCCAGCUUCUUCCCCUGACCAAGGUUCUCACUAAUUUGGCCGGUAACUCAUGGGCGAGAACCCUUACUGGAACUCGCGCUGAGCGUAACGAGUACAUUUUGUUACACGAGUUCCACCGCAACAAGUACAUCUGCCCUGACAAGCAGACUUACAGGGGUAGAAUGGCCCAGGAAGAGAAUGAGGCCGAGGAGGGCGACGGGAAAAAGAAGGACAAGUACAAGGGAGGUCUUGUUUUUGAACCUGAGAAGGGUCUCUACGACAAGUUUGUUCUGGUCAUGGACUUCAACUCUCUGUACCCUUCCAUCAUCCAGGAGUACAACAUCUGUUUCACGACUGUGGAUAGAUCCACUAUGGAACAAGAUGAAGAAGCUGUACCCGAGGUCCCUAAGGAUCAAGACCAAGGCAUCUUGCCCAGACUCAUUGCCACACUUGUUGGCCGAAGAAAGCAAGUCAAGUCCUUGAUGAAGGACAAGAAUGCAACUCCAGAGCAGCUCGCCACCUGGGACAUCAAGCAGCUUGCGCUUAAGCUUACGGCCAACUCCAUGUACGGAUGUUUGGGUUACACCAAGUCCCGUUUCUACGCCCGCCCUCUUGCCGUCUUGACUACGUACAAGGGUCGUGAGAUUCUGCGCAGCACCAAGGAGCUCGCCGAAAGCAACCAGCUCCAGGUCAUCUACGGAGACACUGACUCCGUUAUGAUCAACGCCAACGUCGAGAACGUAUCCGAUGCCUUCAAGGUCGGCCAAGAGUUCAAGAAGGCCGUCAACGAACGGUACAAACUCUUAGAGAUCGACAUUGACAAUGUAUUCCGCCGUAUCCUGCUCCAGGCCAAGAAGAAAUACGCUGCUAUCAAUUUGGUUGAAAAGGAUGGCAAAUUCAUCGAGAAGAUGGAGGUCAAGGGUCUCGACAUGAAGCGUCGUGAGUACUGUGGCCUGUCCAAGGAAAUCUCGAGCAAGAUCCUCGACGAGAUUCUGUCCGGCAACGAGACAGAGAAGUCCAUUUCACGCAUCCACGAAUACCUCCGAGAGAUCUCUGGGAAGAUGCGUGAGCAGGCUAUUCCAGUGCAGAAGUACAUCAUCUUCACACAGCUCGGCAAGGCCCCCACAGAAUAUCCCAACGCGGACUCCAUGCCCCAGGUCCAGGUUGCCUUGAGGGAAAUUGCCAAGGGAAAGAAUGUUCGCCGUGGCGACGUUAUCUCCUAUGUCAUCACCGGCGAUCCUCAGAGUUCCGACCCUGCCCCGAAGAGAGCCUAUUCUCCCCCAGAUGUCAUGAAGGCUGACUCCGGCCUCUCACCAGAUGUCGAGUGGUACCUUGGCAAACAAAUCUUCCCACCAGUCGAGCGUCUUUGCGCGAAUAUUGUUGGAACCUCGAGCUCUCAGCUUGCAGAGUGCCUCGGCUUGGACAUCCGCAGGUACAAGUCAGUCCAGGACCAGCAACAGAGCGGAGGCGGCGAUGUCGAGAUCCACCCCAUGGAGUCCCAAAUUCCCGACGAAGUGCGCUUCGCCGAGUGUGCCCGUCUCUCCCUUCGCUGCAGGGCAUGCAAGAAGACUUCCGUUUUUGAGGGUCUGCUCGCACAGCCCGAUCGCGUCUCGGCAUCAGGGGUGCUUUGCGACUCUUGCGGUGCCACCAUCUCAAUACUAUCGAUCGUGGCCCAGCUUGAACACGCCCUGCGGACUCAGACAGCGCGCUACUACGAGAGCUGGCUGGUCUGCGACGAUUCCGCCUGCGGCAUGCGCACCCGCCAAAUGAACGUCUACGGCACGCGUUGUCUGGGCCCCAAGGGCCUUGCGCGGGAUUGUCUCGGUCGUAUGCGCUAUGAGUACACCGAGAAGGCCAUUUACAACCAGCUCAUAUACUACGCCAGUCUCUGGGACGUUGACAAGGCCAAAACCAAGGCUUCUGCGGAGAACGGCAAUGACAUGCCACGCGAACACAAGGACAAGGUUCUCGCGAUGGCGGAGCACAACCGCGUUCGAUUCGGCACUGUCAAGAGCGUGGUGGAUAAGUAUCUCGACAAGUGUGGUAGACAAUGGGUCGCCAUGGAUACUCUAUUUGCCAAGCUGGGCUUCAACAAGCUUCUUGCUGCAGCAUAAGGCGCGUGUCACCACACCGCAUGGGGUGAGUGCGCAAAGGACAGCUGAUAAUGAUUGGGAUGGGAAGUUUUGGACAUGACGGAACCCUUUGAGGAGUUGGUAUGGAGGGGAGGCUGGCUUCGAGGUUCUGGCCUAGUAUUUGAGUUUGCUUUUAGGGGAGGAUGAUGACUUGAGGAGUUGGAGAGCCCGGAGUUUUCGGUUGGACUUGGGAAAUCGAGGCGGGCAAAAUUAGCCUCUAGAUAUGUUUCGUAGUUGUUACCGUAGGAAACGUGGUUAAUAUCUUUUCAAA